AUGGACAUUACACGGAGAGGAAAAAUACCUUUCCCUGGUGCCAUGCCAAGUAGUCUUACCAAGGAGCGGUCUUCAAUGUACCCAGAGGAGGCGGCCCUGCGGACCCCCUUCCCGCUGACGCCGCCGCCCGCGCUGGGGGACGAGCUGUACCCCUUCGCGGGGGAGCGGCCGCCCUCGUUGGCCGGCGACGCGGCGGCGGGGGAGCGCGACCCCGAGGAGGACCUGGAGGUGCAGCUCCAGCGGAAGGAGCAGGACCUGCUCCUGGCGGCCGAGCUGGGGAAGAUGCUGCUGGAGCGCAACGAGGAGCUGGAGCGGCGGUGCGAGGAGCUCACCAAGGAGCACCUGGAGACCAAAGAGCGCCUCGAGCAAGAGAAGCACGAACUCCGCCUGCACCUUGAAUCACGACAGGGCGAGUUCGAAACCCGGGUGGCGGAGCUGGAGGCCGACUUGAAGGCUGUUCAAGCCCAGCUGGGGCAGCAGCGCCUCGAACAGCAGGACACGAGCCGGGAAAGCUCCCAGGCUGUCUUGGACCUCUCCGAACAGAACCAGCGCUUGGUGGAGCAGCUCAGUCAGGUCUCCCAGCUGGAGCAGCAGCUGCGGGAGGACCUGACUGUGCUGCGUGGGGAGCAUCGGACCUUGACCCUGAGCAGCACGGAGCACGCUGCCCGCGCCCAAAGCCUGCAUGCCGAGAAUCAUAUGCUGCAACAGCGGAAUCAAGAUUUGGAGAAACAGACCUGGCAGCUUCGGGAGGAGAAUGAAUCUGUCCAGGCACUGGUAGAUACGCUACACGAUAACCUUCUCCUCCUCCAGAAAGAGAGUCAUGAAAAGGAGUUGCGGAUGCGACAGGUAGAAAUAGAAGCAGAAGAGCUCCGAACUUCCAACCGUCGUCUCCAGCAUCAAGUCAAGGAGAUGAAGGAAGAGAUCCGUCUGCAUGACUUAAACACCUCGGUCAACUCCAUUCAGUCGGAGAUUGAAAGUAGCUUGGAGGAUGCUCCUGGAGCACCUGGAAAGGCUCCUAAGACAGCCAAAGGGACCUGCAAGGCCUGUUCCACCCCCGUGGCUGUCAAGAACACCUCACAGAAAUCGGAGGCAGAGGAAGCGGAAUAUGCUAGAAAGGUUUCAGCCUUGAGCCACCUGGAGCAAGAUAUUCUGAGGCAGAAGGAAACGGAGAUCAUGAGGCUCCAGGAUCAGAUUACGCUGCAGUAUGUGGAGCUCUGCAAUUUAAAGGAUGAGAUAGAGAACCAGAGAUGCCUGUACCAAGAGAGCAACCGGGAUGAAGCCCUGAAAUUGGCCAUAGCAGAUCGGGAUGAGGCGAUAAUAAAGAAAAGCGAAAUAGAACUGGAAAUGGCCAAAGUCUCUCUGGAACGGGAUUCACUGAGCCAGCAGUUACUUCGUGUUAUACGCCAGAAGAUGGCGCUUUCCCAGGAGCUGGAAGCUUGGCAAGAUGAUAUUCAGUAUAUAAUCCAUCAGCAACUACUCCAGAAGCAGCACGAAGAGCAGAGCCAGCGCGUCACGUUGCCACCCAAGACCUCCACACAAGGCAAGAACCUUCCUCUCUUUCGGCCUGGCUCCGGCACAAGCUUCUUCUCACUUUUCCGGAAAAGCUGA